AUGGCUGACAGCCCCCAUGAGUUUCGCAGGAGAAUCCUUCUCCUCGUCACAACAGGUGGUUUCACUCAUGCAGCUCCAGUUCUUGAAAUAGGCGCUGUGCUUGCUUCCCGUGGGCAUGAGAUCCAAUUUGCUACUUGUGCUGGCCAGGAAGAGUGGACGGUGGAUUACCCUUUUAUCAAAACUACACAUAUCGUCGGUCCGGCUGCUACGGAAGAUGAUUUGGAUGUGCACUAUGAGAGUAUGCGGCUCUGGCGUCAUGAGCAUGGUUUUGCGCCGAUGAUGAAGUCCAAGUACUUCUUUGACAAUUUCUGGACGGAAACUUACAAGAACCUACGGAAUCUCUGUUUGGAUCCUUCUACAAAGCCGGAUUUUAUCGUUGCUGAUUUCUUCGCCGAUAGUGCAGCGAGGGACAUGCUCAAACAGUUCAACAUACAACUCGCAAGUGUAUGGCCGCAGAUGCCGUAUGCCAUGGCACCUGUGAGUUAUCAUCCAGGUCAGCCUGGUUUUCAGGCUGAUGGGGCGUUGACUUCUGAGCAUGCUUCUCUAUCGUCGAGGUUUUGGAACGAGUUUGUGGUGUUUGCGGCACUGCCGACGAUCAUCCCUUGGCUAUUAUGGACGAAAAAGAUGCGUGUUGAUGCGGGCGUCAACUACAGCCAUUCUCUUAUGCCGAAGCCGGAUUAUCUUGUUCUUGUCAAUUCGUUCUGGGGGCUUGAGGCGCCCAAGGAGUUACCGCCUCUCAUGACGCCUGUUGGACCUAUUCUCAGCGACGAGUAUCCUCCACUGGAUGAUGAUCUGGCUGAGUUCCUGGAUGGUCAUGAUAAGACGAUAUAUGCGUGCUUAGGAACACACGUCAACCUUCCGGGAGAAGAGUUGACGAAGUAUCUUCUCGGUUUCAUACGAGCUCUGGACGCUGGAUCUAUCAACGGUGUUAUCUGGGCUGUUCCACAAAAACCUCGCGCCAACUUCGAUAUCUCCAAGUCUUAUCCUCUCGGUGAUGGCUCGACUAUUAGCGUGGAGGACCUUCUCAACGACGCCCAUCCGCACUUUCGUCUUCCUGUAUGGGCACCUCAAAGAGCUGUGUUAGACCACCACAACACCGUCCUCUUUCUCACACACGGCGGCGGCUCAAGCGCCAACGAGACACUCUUCCACGGCACACCCGUCCUGGCAAUAGGGUACUUCUUCGACCAACUCUGCAACAGCGCUCGUCUCGCUGCAUCAGGCGUCGGCACCUCCCUCGAUAAAUCCUACCUAACACCCUCCUCCAUCGCCUCAGCUAUAGAAAACAUCACCACCGACACAGACGGAUCUUUUGCCGACAACGUCCUUCGUAUGAAGCGUAUAGCAAACCUUAACUCCAAACGAAAACAUCUCGCAGCCGAUCUUAUUGAAGAAGUUAUGGUAGAUCAAGAACUUCGCUUUCGUGAUGGCGUUGAGUUACGGCCUAUGCAUCUCCAGACAGCGGAUAUGCGUAUGCCUAUAUGGAAAGCAAGGAAUUGGGAUAUGCUGUUUAUUAGUCUGACAGGUCUUGUAGCUGGCGGUGUGGCUAGUUGGUGGUUUGUUAGAGGGGCUAUCACCACAUACUCUGUAGACGGCGCCCAGCAGCAUACGACGGGUAUAUGGGACUACCUCCUCACUUGUUUACUCAUGUACAUGCAUACUCGCUCACAUGCUCUUACUCCUGUGAAAGCUUCAAACAUGAAACCUAUUUCCGAAAAUUCGUUGCCCUACACGCUGCCAUACACUGAGAGUGACAAUUCGGGCCGAGAUGCGCGUUAUGGGCGUAACACCACCGCCUCUACCAUCUCCUGUCACUCGAAUCCUUUUGACAAGUCUGUGAUCGAAGAUAGCGUUCAAUUACGUGACUUCUCUUCUCCCACUCCGACCAAGUCUCGUGGUAAAAGCCCCGAUUCAAACAGAUUCGUCACAGAACAUCUUUCCCGUCCCAGAGCCAUUAAUGGCACUGGCCUCGCAGUCUCUCAGUCCAACAAUUUGUCUGGCGAAGAUCAAGCUACCUCAGAGUGGGAAACUGUCGCCGGAGAUGACGCCCCUGAAGCCUACCCAGUAGUUUCAACUAAGGCGAUGAGACGCCAGGGAAACUUUUUUGUUUACAAACCGCAAAACGAAAGUCUCGAGACUGAUCGCAACGUCUGGGCACCACAAACAGAGGACUUUGAGCUUGUUUCACCUUCUGGCCCGUCCGUGCGAGUGCAGCCGAGAACAUCUCCCCGUUUGCAAUCGUUCCACUCGUCGUCCAGCUUUUAUAGUGACUUUGGCAAGCAUGGCGAAUCAGGCCAGGGAAAAGACACAAACAUCUACGGGAAGUCUCUCGCUCCUUGCGAUCCCGGAUACUACCCAACGGAUGAUCGCGUUCACAAAGCACCCAAGAGGUGCUCGCAUACCUCGUCAGACAGUCAAGAGGACCCCUUCAAGUAUGACGGAGAUCCGUACUCGGGAUUUCUACGUCCAUCGGCCGAAAGAGAAAAUGUCGAUGAAGAGGUCAAGGUUCCGGUUCACCGUGAGGCAGACAAAAACACUCGUCGUGUUCCUGUCCGCGAUAGACGACUGACCGGCGAAAUUGCUACUCUUGUCAAGGACCGACCUGUCACCGGUACCGAGGGCGAUUGGCAAACUGUCACUAGCGAACAAGCUCUCAACUCCAUGCAGCAGGAAUUUCACGACAGCAUCGCAAAAGGAACCGGGAGCAGUCUGGCCGAUGUAUCUGACGUUACGGAGCGUGGCCCACACCUUCGUUCAUACAGCUCCAAAGACAGAAUUAUCCGCCAUCCCUACGGCGAUAAUCCUUAUGACUCGUACCAUGUCCGUCGCGACAAAGGAACCGAUCUCUCGAUUUCUGUUCCGCGAUAUGGCGGUAGUCCAGGAACAUUCAGCAACACGACUCGCAAGUUCGUCCAACCCAUGUCCAGAUUGCCAGAGUCAGCUGCUCAACUCUCCAACAUCUUUCGCAGAGACCAAAAUCAGCAGACACCUGAGGAUCAAGGUAUCCUUCUUUCCGAUUUGGCUCCACGAAGAGCCAGUUAUCAGAGCCUCGAUUCUGAUGCACUUCCUCCUACAAGCGGCGAAACCGCUGAUUCAUACUUGCCCGAUGGUCAAAAGUUCUUCAGUUGGAACCGAAUUCGUCGAAACCUUGGUCGAGAGCCUCCCAAGACCCCCUUGACCAUUCUUGAUCAGCCACUGUACAGACGUGGUAUCCAGGAGUCCGCCGAUUCCAACCGAUCGAAGCAUGUUCCCCAUGACAAUUUCCUUAAGGAGCUCCCCUCCUUACCAUUCCCUCUAGUCAGUCUUCCUGAAGCUCAAAUGUUGCAGCAGUUCAAGCGGCAAAGAGGUGAAGAAGAUCACACUGAGAGUGCAGGCAACUUUGCCGCUCGGAGCAGAUCUAACACUAUCAGUACUGCUCCAUCACCUGCUCCUCCUGCGACUCCAUCGCCUCCGAAGAGAAAUAUCUGGCCCUUGACUCCCGAAAAUGACAUCACACGGCCUGAGCCGACUCACCAGCCUCAUGGGUUGCGUCAAAUGUUCCGCCGUCGUGAUUCAAGCGAGAGGAUUUCUGAGAUGCUUGUUUCAUCUUCUGCUAUCCUCGAUACUCCUCCUUCGACAAAGCCUAGUUCCAGCACUCAUCGAGCAUGGUAUCGAGGACUGCGGCCGAGCGUCUCAACUCCCCGUGCGGAGCUCACCCCAUCUCGUGGGUUUUCUUCAAGCACAAGGACUCGUCGAACUAGCAGAUUCCUACCCGACUUGGAAAUUCUUAACGGAAGUCCCUUUACGCAGGCAGAGUCUCGCCUUAUUGAAGAGGCUCGUGAGAACAUGUUCUAUCACCGUCAGCGCACAGACAUGGUAGCUCAACGGGGAAAGAGACUUUUCAUCUGGAUCAUGAUACUGACCUUCUUCUUCCCGUUCAUCGGCCCAGUCGUACUGUACGGCAAGCUCAACUCCACCAUCUCGUGGUACACUCAUGGAGAGAUCAACUGCCUUACUAAGGAUCAGCGCGGAAUCCUCAAGCAACAACUUGUCGUCGAGGCCAUUGUCUACACUGCUCUCAUCAUCGCACUUGCUGUCCACUAUUCGAUCCACAAUUAG